AUGAGUGAGUUGCAAAAGGCUUGGGCAAAGAGGAAACUCGACCCCUUGCACCCCUUGCCGGAACCUCUCAACGACCUUGACGAGGAACCAGAGUACGACCAGGUCCCCGAGCUGCCGGAGCACCCUGACGAUGGGGAUUCAUCUUCAGCCUCGUCCGCCUCAUCGGCUUCGUCCACCGGUACGGUCAUUCCGUCACCGAGCCAGAAUCUGUUUGCACGACCUCAAGGUGUGUCGAGGGGCCGCACGCUGGAGCAAAUACCCUGGACGACUUACUUCGAACGCGAGCUCUUCUUGAAGCCCGCAGGUGAAGGCGGGAGCGCCGUCACGUACCACGCCUACCUCAACUCACCCGUCGACAAAGGUCCGCUUUUCGUGAUGCACCACGGCGCCGGCUCCUCUGGCCUCUCCUUCGCCGCUUUGUCGUCCGAAAUCCGGAAACGGCUCCCAUCGGCCGGCAUUCUGUCUCCAGAUGCGAGGGGCCACGGCUCAACCUCCAUUACAGACGGCACUGAGCUGGAUCUUAAACUAGACGUCUUGACGACGGAUUUGUUUAACGUCAUCCAACUGACAAAGGCCCAGAUGGGCUGGUCCGAGCUACCUGCCGUAGUACUCAUCGGGCACUCCCUUGGCGGCGCUGUCGUCACUGAUCUCGCCAAGUCGGGCAAGCUGGGCAACUCGCUGUUGGGAUACGGCGUGCUAGACGUCGUAGAGGGCUCGGCGAUGGACGCCCUGCAGAGCAUGCUGACGUAUCUCUCAACGCGGCCGAGCGGCUUCGCGAGUUUGCAGGCGGGCAUCGACUGGCAUAUUCGUUCACGCACUGUCCGCAACUCUGUUUCUGCGCGGACGUCUGUGCCCGCGCUUUUGGUCUUCGAUGACCAGACGGAUCCCACGCGGCCGUGGAGGUGGAGGACGGACCUGGCGGCAACGCAGCCGUUCUGGGAAGGCUGGUUUGUCGGGCUCAGCAAGAAAUUUCUCGAGGCCAGAGGAGGCAAGCUGCUGUUGCUGGCCGGGACGGACAGGCUAGACACGGAGUUGACCAUUGGUCAAAUGCAAGGAAAAUACGCUUUGCAGGUCUUUCCCGAAGCGGGCCACUUCAUCCACGAAGACCUGCCUGAAAAGACGGCUAUGGCGGUCGUCGACUUUUACAGGAGGAACGAUAGGAGUGCAUUAGUUCUGCCGCCCAAGGUCGGCGAUCUUUUGAAGCAGGGAAAGAGAGUCUAG